UUUAAUGCUGCAGCUGGUUAAGGUGGAGAUAAUGUUAAUACGUUUAUAUAUUGCAGGGUAGCUCAUCUCAACCUAUGAUAAUACAUCAGUUUAUUUGUUGAUUGUCCUAUAUUUGUCAUUAAUCUAAAUAGGCACAGUAACUAAAUGAGUAAAAAAAUAUUUCCCCACACUGCCUACCACAUUAGAUCAUACUGGAUGGUGCAGAGUCACUACAGAUGCACAGACUGUGACACACUUGUAGGAAUAUGAUCAUCUCAGACACAUGGAUGCAUUUCCUCGGAUCAAAAACAAAACAAAAGAAAUCGUGACUGUGUUCAGCAUCACAGCAGCUGAGUGGAUCUCGGGGUCCAUUAGCGUCGCCAGUGCAUUGCAGCUUUAACCGGUCCAUCAUGCCUUGCGGUGUCCCAGUUCAGUUCCGAUGUAAUGUACAACAACCCCCCCUGUGGUCUCCUCUCAGUGACGAUCAGAGCAGCAGGCUAACAAGCAGAGCAGCAGAUGUUUAAAAGGACCCAUGUCGGAUGUCCAGUAACCAGACGGGGACGCGUGUUUACAUCCACACGGUCAGAGGCGUGGAUGUGCGCACACCGUUAACUCCGCUGCAGGCGCAGGAAUAACACAGGAUCUCCCCGCAAGUGGCCCGCAUAACAUGCAGCUGGAAAGUACCGGAUUUAAACCCAGAGAGAAAUAACUGAAGCUCAAAAGGAGAGUUUUAAAUGCUCUGACACUGUGAUCUGCUGCUGAAAAAGAGGAUGGACAGAAAACAUUAUUAGCACCCUAUUGUGGUGUGGAGGAAUGAGGGCCUUUGGAUGAAGGCCAUGGAGCUGAAAGUGUGGGUGGAUGGAGUGCAGCGCAUCGUGUGUGGGGUCACAGAGUUCACCACAUGCCAGGAAGUGGUCAUUGCUUUGGCGCAAGCCAUUGGACGCACUGGUAGGUACACUUUAAUCGAGAAAUGGCGUGAGACAGAACGUCACCUGGCUCCACAUGAGAAUCCUGUUGUAUCCCUCAACAAGUGGGGUCAGUAUGCCAGUGACGUCCAGCUCAUCCUCCAACGAACCGGCCCGUCCGUUAGCGAGCGGCCCACCUCUGACGGGCAGGCUCGCGUUCCAGAGCGUGGCUUCUACCGGCAGAGCCUGCCACCUCUGGCCAAGCUCCGCCCGUCAGGGACAGACCGCUCGCUCAAACGAAGGGAACCCAAACGCAAGUCUUUGACCUUCACUGGAGGGGCCAAAGGUCUGCGGGACAUAUUUGGGAGAAGCAGAGAUGCUGAAGCCAAACAGCCCCAGCACCGCGGUGUGAGCUUGAACCUGCGCAGGGUUGGUGGUCUUGGAAUAUCAUCUGUACCUGGGAGUCCAGCCAGAGAGCUGAGCCGACUGGUGCAGCUGCAGAGAGACAAACUACAGGCCCUGGAGAGCCGUCUGCUGGGCUGCGAGGCUGAACUGCGAGACUGGGAUGAGGGCGUUGGCGAGGCCAAUGAAGAAGGAAACCUGGAGGAGGAACUUCUGCUUUUAGAGCAGAAGGUGAGGAGGAACGAUGCAGAGAUGGAAGAGGAGGAAUUCUGGCAGAACGAGCUGCAGAUCGAGCUGGAGAGCGAGCGGCAGCUCCGGCAACAGCUAGCCGAGCUGCAGGGCGGUGUACGCGACUGCGAGGCCAAGCUUUCAGAGUACCUAGCACGCAUUCAGAGUAUGGAGGCAGGCCUGGAGCAGGAGCGCCUGCAGCAGGAGGCCGAGCUCAACCAGAAGGUCAAUGAAGAGGAGGUGCAAACACAGCUGGAGAAAGUGAGAGCUGAGCUGGAAAUGCAGAGCCAACACACAGCGCGGCUGGAGAGCAGCUGCAGGGCGUUGGAACGCUCACUUGGCCAAUCGAGCAAGAGAUUACAGGAGAAAGAGCUGGAGCUGGAGCAGCUGACAAAAGAGCUACGACAGGUUAACCUGCAGCAGUUCAUUCAACAGACUGGUACCAAGGUCACCGUGCUGCCCGCUCAACCUGCAGGAGAAAACAACAACGAAGUGGAGUCCGGUUCUUUGAAAAGACUCGGCUCUUCUCGUCUCUUACCCAGCGACCUUCGCACUCUUCAAAGCACCGUAUCGUCCAGCCUCAACCCCGAAGGCAUCUACGUUUGACCCCAAACUUUGUCCAGGAGACAUUAUUUGAACAGCAGGGAGGGCCUGAUGUUACCAGGACUGCUCCUAUGACUGAAACACCCACAAACUGACACCCCAAACUGUUGAAAUGCAAUUAAACAAACUGAGCUCUCGGAACACCAUAAGUUGAGAGGAUGUUGGCGAAAACAUUACAUGGAAGAUGAGUGAGGACCGUCUGUUUUGCAUCUUUCCUGCACUGCCUACUCUUCCAUAGUCUAGGACUCCAACUGAUGUCAACAUCCAUUUGCAAACUAUUUUCUGGGCGAGUGAGGAUUUCACUGAAAUUGUCUACAAAAGCUCCAUUUUCUCAGAAUAAUAAAACAACAACAAGCCAGCAGAUUGUUGACUGAGGAGGCUUCAUCCAACAGUGCAGAUAAACUUCAUUUUUAUGUCGUAGAUCAUGAACUGCAGAAAAUAUCAGGAUGCAAAGUUGUAAACGUAAUCCAUGCACGAGCAUGCACAAACACCGACACCACACCUGUGCUAUAAUCAUAGCCAUAUCUGAUUGCCUUACUCUGGUGUUAUGAAACCAGACGUCAAUAAGUUUAAAUGUUCAAACAGAACUCAAGGUAGCUACUGAACUAUGCGCCAUAUAAAUAAAAAUACAGGUGAUACCUAGUUAUGGUAACUGAUGUCAGUAUAAGUGAACAUUGGGUCCUUUUCUUUCAUGUAAGUUUGAAGUUUUGUAUCAAGUUUAACCAGAAAUAAAAUGGUAAAUAAAGUAAAUUAUAUAAAAGAAAACAAAUGAUCAUCAACUAUUGGAUAUUCUUGGUGAAAUAGUUUACUUAAGGUUCAUUUUGGGUACCGAGCCAUUAAUCUCCUCUUUGUUUCAGUUGAACACUUUCACCAAGAGCUCUUGAAAUGUGAAUGCAGUGAUGACAAGUCGGCCUCUGAGCCUGCAGAGUUAAUCCAACAAUGACUACAUAUGCAGUCUGACCACCAGGUGGCGACAAAACAUGUGUUAUUCAGACAGGUGAAAGUUAACUGUGUGAAAGUUACUCCCUUUUAUGUUUUCUGUCUUUACUCAUUUUCAUGGGUCAAAUAUGUCUGUACUUAUUGUUUUGUAAGAAACCCUCAGCACUUGAGCUUUCAGUGUAUAAACAGAGGUGCCGCUUAGACAAACAUGUCAAAUACUUGGCCAAUGAUCUGUGUUCAUCAAGCAGGGACAAACACACACUUCUAAAAGCAGUAUCACACCCAAAUACUGCAUUAUUUUGUCUGAUUUAAACAUUUUAACAAACUAAAGAUGUCUCAUGUGAACCAAAGCUAGUGUGAAAAACAUUAAUAGUUAGAUGGAUGUACUUUUUUAUAUGUAUGCAACCGAUGCCCGUGAAGUGUUACAACUUGAAUCAAACAGUAGUUGCAUUUAUUUUUCACGGUUUGCUGUCGUCAGGUGCGAGACCGUCAGUUUCAUAAGAAAGGAUUUGAAAGUUGGCAGUAAAUUUCGAACGCCAUCUUUUCUCUACAGGCUAAAACACUCAAAAACAAUGCAACUACAACCCCACAAAUGUUGGGUUGUUACUGUGUCCACUAAUUUGUAGCUGAUUAAUCAUAAAAGGCGAUUGCUCUCGGGUUCUCUGGGAUGAAACUGACGCAAACUGCUUGACAAUAUAUGAACUCUUAAUGGUCAAUGAGCUCUUGAUUUGUCUGUGUGUGGUUGUAUAUCAAACCUUGAAUUUGUAGAAAAGAUUUGCAAUUAAAAAAUGAGUGUCUAAAUAAUAUAUAGGACAAAGAACCUUGGCUGUGCUUUGGGCUGUAAAGGUACGUUUACUUUUGGUACAUAAAAAAUAUUUGGAUUUCUGAUCAAAUAGUAUUUACACUGUGUUAUACUGUGUACUGAGUAUUUCUUCGAACAUUGAAUUUUGUGUAUACACUCUCGCCAAAUCUGCAAAUCUUUCCUACCGAUUCUCAAACUUGACUUUUUCAUGCCCUGUUUCUUCGCAGGCUUUCAAAGCAUGAUAUACAACCACACACUUUGAAAAUUAUUUCUGAAUUCUACAAGCUCGAUACCUUAUUGACCCUCAUUUGAGCCCAUAAGAAGAAGAAGAAGCUUGGUGUUUGUACUGUAAACGUACGAUAACAAAGUGAAUUCCUCCCUCCAGUGUGAAACCUCUCGCUUUGUUGUUUGCUCUGCAGUGCAAAAGAUACCCAGAGGAAUUCACACAACAACUCGGCAAGUUUUUCUUUUUCCCUAACCCCCCCCCCAACCCA